AGGUCUUCCCCGAGCGCCUGCCGGAUGCCAAGCGGAGCUUCCUCGCCACCAGCUUCUUCACCCACAACCAGAAGUGCCAGCUGAUGCUCCUCAAGGCGCUGGAUCGAAGUCCAUAUGUCAAGCUUCUGUUGGAUGCUAUGAGGCGUUCUGGUUGCACUGUUUACAGAGAGAGACACUUUUCUUGUGAAGAUUGUAAUGGCAAUGUCAGUGGAGGUUUUGAUGCUGCCACGUCCCAGAUAGUGUUGUGUCAGAAUAAUAUCCAUAAUCAAUCUCACAUGAACCGAGUGGUCACUCAUGAACUAAUCCAUGCAUUUGAUCAUUGUCGUGCUCACGUCGACUGGUUUACUAAUGUCAAACACUUAGCCUGUUCAGAGGUUCGAGCGGCUAAUCUCAGUGGAGACUGCUCACUUUCCAAUGAAAUGAUCCGAUUUAAUUUUGGAUUAAAACAGCACCAUCAGGUAUUCACGGCUGAAUUUUUGCAACCUGCAGCGAUGUGUUGUACACUUCCCACCAUUCACUUGCACAAUCUGCAUCAGUCAAGAUAAAGCCUUCUGUAAUUUCUGAUGUCAAUGACUUUAUCCUGAACCAUGAACUCCUCUACUUGUAUAAGUAAAUGUGCAUGACUCAGCUGCUUAUUCAGUGCUUCUUUGUUCUUGGAUCUUAGUUGUUUCAUAGGCUCUAUCAAGUGGUAAAACACUUUCAAUCACAUUGGACAAAUCCAGUGUUGGGUACUGUUAUCAUCCUUUACUGUUACUCAGAGUAGAGAUGUUUAUCCAUUCCGAAAGUAUUUCUGUACAUUUUUCUCAUGUGCCCUCAGAAUGUUUAUCAAUCCUCUUUCUCCUUUUUAUAGCUAUCUUAGGGUGAUAGGCCUCAUGUUUCAUUGAUAUUGUAUGGGCUUUAGUUAGGAUACUUUCCAAAACUGUUAUUGUCUAUUUUACAGUACUGU